AUGUCUUUGUGGGAUAAUACUGCAUUUUCUUCAGUUGUUAAAAAUACAAAUAACAAUCAAGAAAACAUUAGUGACGAAGAUAAAGAAACAGAAAUGAAUGAUAUUCCAAUGGAAGAAGAAAGUGAAGAUGAAAAUAUAGAUAAAGAAGAGGUUUCAACAGAGGAAGGAAUUAAUGAAGAUGAAGAUAUAAGUAAUGAGGAUGAAGAAAUUAGUGAAGAUGAAGGUAAUGAUAGUGUAAGUAAUGAAGAUGAUAAUGAAGAAGAUGACGAUAAUGAAAAUGAGGAAGAAAAUGAUGAUAAUGAAAGUAAUGAAGAAGAUGAAGAUAUAAGUAAUGAAGAAGAUGAAGGGGAAGAAUUAGAGUCAAAAUCAGAAGAAGAUAUUGAUGCAAAAGAUAUUGUUUUAGGAGGUGUUCCACAAAAAGAAAGUGAUAAAGAAGAAUCAUCAGAGGAGGAUGAAAAACCAAAAUAUAAAAGUAAAAAAGAAAGAAAAGAAUUAAGUUUAAUAACUCACUCUAAAGAAGCAGAAAGAACUGUGUUUAUUGCAAAUAUUAAUAUUAAAGUUAAACCAGCCCAAAUGAAAAAAUUUUUAAAACAGUUUGGUAAAUUAGAGUCAUAUAGAUUUCGUGGUGGUGCAUUUAUUCAGGAUGAAAAAUCAAAGAAAGUCCAUUUCUUAAAGAAAGAAUAUGAUACAAAAGUAAGAAAAACCCAAAAUUGUUAUGCUGUUUAUGCUACUUCAGAAGAUGCAGAAAAAGCUGCUAAAGAAAUUGAUGGAAAAGAGUUUUUAGGAUAUCAUUUAAGAGCUGAUUGGGAAGUUAAUAAAGGAAAGAAAAGAAAUAUUCGACAAACAAUAUUUGUUGGUAAUUUACCAUUUAAAAUGGAAGAAGAACAAUUAAGAAAACUCUUUAGCAAAGCUGGAGAAAUAGAACGUGUUAAAAUUGUUAGAGAGUCUAAAUCCGGUAUGGGAAGAGGUAUUGGUUUUGUUACAUUUACAAAUAAGGAAGACGUACAAAAAGGGCUUAAUAUGGUUGGAGAAAAAAUUAAAGGAAGACAAAUUAGAGUUGAACCAUGUUAUAAAAAUUAUGACAAAAUCAAACAAAAGAAAGCUGAAAGAAUUACUAAAGCAUUAGAAAUGAAAAAAGAAAGAAAAAGAGUUUAUAAAGAAAGAGUUAAAGCAAAUAUGGGGAAAUUAGCAAAACAAAAACAAGAAAAGAAACCAACAAAAAAAAUACAUUCAAAACAAUAA